UUAAAAGAAAUGCCUAAAAAAGAAAAUUACGAAAAUAAGGUAAAAAAAGAUUUCGGGCUCUCUGAAUUUGGCGCAAGAUCCACCUCCAUCUCUUUCUCUCCCUCGUAGGCGUCUUCCACAUCUCUACUCCCAACAAGCUCCAUUGGCCACUCGACGCAGCCGCCGCUUUUACUUCCUUCACGACUUCCGCCUCUUUAGCGCUAUUUAGCUUUCUUUUACGGGUUAAGAGAAAUAUGGGAGAAGGAGAAAUCCAAGAACAAAGAAGAUCCCUGGCAGCUCCUCUCAUCUUCUUCAUUGUCAUCGUCUUCCAAUUUGCUACCAAACGGCUCCAAGAUUUAAAGAAGGGAGCGUCCAAGACUGACAAGGAAAUCCAGCUUCGUGGAGAGAUUAAGCAGCUUUUGAAAGAGGCUGCCUCCUUUUCACAGCCGUCUACAUUUGCACAAGCAGCUAAGCUUAGAAGGUCGGCUGCUGCCAAGGAGAAGGAACUUUCAAAUUGUUGUCAAGUGGUGUUAAGGGAAGCCAAUAGACAUUUACUGGCACAACGGAGCAAAGAGGUGAAGCUGUCUUAUGAUUUGUAUCUGAAAGUUUUGUUCAUCUUAAAGGUCAUAACUCAUUUUGUGCUAAUCUUCUGGUUUUGGAGGUCUCCCAUAGCAUCUGUAUCUCAGCAACUUGUGCAACCCUUUGGGAAGGUGUUAUCCUGGAAGACUGGAGGUUCUUUAAACAACAAUGUCAUGGUAAAAAAUCUUGGAAUCUUUUCGAUUUUAGCACCUCUAACCAUAAUUUUAACUUCUUCCUUCCCGGCAAAGAAUUCCCUCUCUGUUAUCCCAAUUGUUUAUAACAUGAUCUAUCUACAAGAGUACAACCCACAUGGAGGUGUUUAAUGCUAUGAGCACAAAGCAUAUACCUGGGUCAAACUUGGUUGUUCCUUAUAAAAGGAUACAAUAAUUGGAAGAUGGGUUUGAUUGGGGUUCUGAUUAAUGUUGUAAAUUGCAGGUUGGGAUCAUACCCUGGUUGAUUUUGUGUAUCAGGGUUAGCAAGUUUAUUUGUCGACUCCUCAAUUAGAACAAAGGCCUUAUAACGAUAUGCUUUUGACUGAUGUUGGACUUUGGACUUUAGUAUGUAUGUAGUUUUGAUUUUGAUUAGCAUCUCUUUGUAAAAUUCAUUCAUUUUAUUUAUCAAGAAACGAAAGUAAG